AAGCAACUCAAACAUAUAAGCAAUAAACUGUCUUGGUAUAUAAAGUCUUGCAUAUUGGGUGAAAUUCAGCAGCCGCCGAUCAGCAGUGUCGAGGUGACCAUCGUUUCCGACAACCCGUUGCGCAAGUGAAGAUGAAGUUCGUCCUAAUUAUCCUGAUAUCAGUCCUUGUCGUCGGCACUCACCAGUAUUUUCAUCAUCGACCUAGGGAAAUGCCCUGGGUUUCGCCAUAUCUGCCACAUUCCUUUAUCGUUUACCUCACUAAGCCUAACCCACCUACAAGUUACCCAACACAGAGUGAAGAUCUUAUUACGGACUAUGUUGCCCCAGAUAGUGGUAAACGACCCAUCAAUGCUGAUGAACUGUACACGUUUCCAGACACCAGGUUAAGAUUCAAGGGCUUCAGUCGUGACCAAGCGUCUAACUCGAAUGACCAGCUGGAUGCCCGGCUGUUGUUUGCAAACAAUGGCAUUUACACUAACCCUUUUUUGAAAACGGUGACAUUUACAUACCGAACGUCGCUGUCGCUCACCUCUUAUGUGACUUGCGUGCCAGCCAACCAACUACUGAACGGUGCUGGUGCUACGUAUUGCCGCCGCAAGAGAAGGACCAUCAACGUCGCUGCCGAUGAAAUCGCCGAAGGCAAUCAAUUCCUCAUCACUCCCUCGGAAACUCAAAAGUUAGCGACAACGGCUAUUUCUUCGCCCUCUCGGAAUUUAGACCAGCUUUCAUCAUCCAAAGACGACGCCGCCCUAGAGGAACUGUCGGCGAUCGAUCAGAGUCAAAUAAGACGGCAAAGAUUGCUGUUCCUAAAUAGAAAUCAAUUUGUAAUAUCUUCAACUGUGACUUCGUUUUCGUUUUCAAACGCAACCGUUACGGUUACGAAAAAUCUUUUCAACGCUAACCAAGCUGUCCAAUGUCUGGCUGCUCCUGACGUGAAUAUGCCGCAAUGCAUUGCCUGUUUGCCACCCGGCUUUAUUGUUUGCAAUGCCUCUGGUUAAACAAGCCAGCACGAUUUGCGGUCAGCUUUCAUUCCAUUGCAAAUUUGACGCUGAAACCCUCGACAUAUGCCUAAACUUUAGUUUCGAAUUAUUCGUGCAUUCUUCCCUUCUAUAUUCCACUAACGUGUGGGAUGUUGGUCUCUUCAAGUGGAUUUUUGUAUUUCGAUCCAAAUAUACUACCAUAGAAGCAUUA